CCAGUGGUACUCACAGGACUUCGGUAGGGAUGUCUUCAAGGCUGUGAGCGGACGGAUGGCAAGAAGCAAGGCGCGGAGCCUAGCAAGUCAGCAUCAACUUCGCGCAUGCAUCCAUCCACCGCAACUUGGCACUCACGUAGUCAUGAUGAAUAUCAAAAGAGGUAAGUAAGUAAAGCAGAGCAGAUGAGAGCAGAGGAUGGGAAGACAAUGAGGUACCGUAGUAGAGGAUGUUACGACGGAUGUUCUCUGGUUGGAUUGUACAGAAGGGAAAGGGGGAAACGGGGGAGAACCAGCCUCCCUCUCCCCUUAUCCAUCCACGGAGGCAAAUUCUUUUCUCCCUCGAGGGUGAAAAAAGGAUGACAGCAGCACCUGAAACCUCACAGCACCGAGGUAUCUCGAGGAGCGUGUCGCGAUCGCUACGCGAUUCCGAUCAUCCACCCUCGAUCUUCGCUCACGGAGGUAGUUUGACCAAGUGUCUCGGUGAGCAAGCGGAAAGACGCGGACCCUCUCUAGCCCCCUGCACGGGCUGUGCCUCGAGUGAGCGGGCGAGGGAGCGAGCCAGUGCCCGCCCGAGUGCCCGCCUGAGCGACAGACAGGCAGGACAGGCGGAUCUCGCUCAACCUCGGCCUCGAGCUCAGAAAGGUCAGCCAUUGGAAAACGGAGGCGGAGGCGAGGGGGCUGCCUCGUCGGAUCGGAGGGACCGUACAAGACCUUGCGCCUCGGCUGUAGGUCAGAGGCGGUCAGAGAUGGCUGACGGCAUCCACGAAUGGUGAGUGAUCAAUGACUCAUGAGUCAUGAAGGGCCAAGGACUUGUUGCGCUGUGACUGGACGGGGACUGUAGAGAGGGCAGGAGGGGAAA